AUGCUUCCUUCAAAGAGAAAGCGCUCGCCAGCGACCUUGCGCCCACCUCCCACAACGCCCCGCACUACAAAACCAAGACCUACCUUCGAGGCUCGGACCACUGCACCAUUCGACUUCCAGCGAAGCUCAAUUCAUCCAUCACUUCCAACUGCAAAACAACUGCAAACCCCAUUCUGGACUGAAAAAGAACAUGAAGCAGCUUAUUCGGAAAGUUCCAUUGAUGAUGAUCUUGGUCAUGUCAUCGUCGCCUUCGACAUCAAGGACUAUGGGACGGUAGGCUGUGCUUAUUACUCAGCGGACCAUAAGAAAAUGUACUUGCUGGGUGACAGCCGAUCGGGUGGAAUGGAAACAAUCGACACCUUGAUCGCCCAGAUAAAGCCAACUGUAAUUUUGACGCCUCCCCGAGUUGAUAUAUCUAGCAUUCAGGGUCAAAGUCAGAGCAUGCCGCAUGGAAAUGAUUCAUCAUCCUAUCUACCCUAUCAGGUGGAUGUUCGUCCCACACAGGAUUUUAGCUACUCCAAUGCGGAAAACAGACUGGUUGCCAUAGAAGCAUCAUCUUCUCACGAGGGCCGACUCCGCUUCUUAGUGCCCCACAAUGGCCUUACUGGGUCUGAAGAAGUGAGCCCUGAGGACUUGGGAUUCACGCUCCAUGAAGGGCGAAUCCUUCACAUAUCCAGCUCGAUUGAUAUGGAGAACCCCGUAACAGUUGGGUGUGCUGGAGCACUUCUUACUUACCUACAGAAACGCAAAGCCGCAAGCAUUGGGAUGGGGCACAUGAACGGUUGUGCAUUCCAAGUGCGAUUCUUGGAGAUGUUCAGUUUGAAGGAUACGAUGUGGAUUGGAAGUAAUGCUUUAUUGUCUCUCCAAAUCCUACAAUCCGAGUCACAUCCCAACAUGUUCAACCAAGGCCCAGGAAAUAAGUCAGCUUCUGGAAAAGAAGGUCUUUCAGUUUAUGGAAUUUUUCGGCGCUUUUCCUACACGCCUCAAGGCAGAGCUAGACUCAAGCAGCUUUUCUUCCGCCCAAGCCUUGACCUUGAUGUCAUCAGGGAGAGACACGACUUGAUCGGUGUGUUUUCACGACCGGACAACAUGACUGCUUUGGAGAAGAUGACAAAGGCACUAAAGCAUAUCAAGAAUCUCCGGCCCACAAUGAUCAAUCUCCAUAAAGGAAUCAGUACGGGAAGUGGGAAAACUACUGGAUUCAAGGCAACAGCGUGGGAGAGUUUGUUGGCUUUUGCCUUCUAUGCAAUUGACAUUCAUGCUGCUCUACAAGAGAUCUCGGGGGCUGAUACGCUACAACUUAGAACAAAAGCCUUUCGAGUCUUUGAAGCGGCACAACUCCACCGAGUGGGGCGAAUGAUCCAGGAGAUAGUUGACAUUGACAAUUCUGAUGAGCAAGGAAGAACUGUGGUCAAACAGGGUCUCGAUCGAGAUCUUGAUCAGAUGAAAGACCGCUAUGAUGGUCUGGACAGUCUCCUCAAGCAUGUGGCUAUCGACGUCGCAACGACAAUUCCAGAAGACCUGGGAAUUGAUGUGAAUGUUAUCUACUUCCCUCAACUUGGAUUCAACAUCGCUAUUCCACUCAAUGAAAGUGGCGAAUCUGCAUUUUCUGGGUCCCAUGAAGAUUGGGAAUUAGUGUUCAUUACGGAAACUCGGGCCUACUUUAAAGACUUUCGCAUGAGAGAGCUGGAUGAAAAGCUCGGGGAUAUCUACGGACUCAUCUGUGAGAAAGAAAUUGAGAUCGUGUAUGACCUGGCUCAAAAGAUACUUCAAUAUGAGAAUGUGCUGGUAGAGGCGUCUGACAUCUGUGGAGAGAUUGACUGCAAUCUUGCUCUCACACAGGCUGCCAGCUUUUACAAUCUGACUAGACCGAGAAUGGUACCGAGGAAUGUUAUCAAGAUCAAGGGCGGCCGACACAUACUGCAAGAGAUGACAGUUACCUCUUACGUUCCAAAUGAUACACUUCUGCUUGGAGGAAUCCAAGGUCAGGAAGAAAAUGCACUUGGAAAUGGAGUUCCUAGUAUGCUCUUGUUGACUGGGCCCAAUUACUCGGGGAAGAGCGUCUACAUGAAGCAGGUCGCUCUUAUUGUGUACCUUGCUCAGAUAGGAAGCUUUGUACCUGCAGAUAGUGCAGAGUUGGGGAUUACAGACAAGAUCCUGACGAAAAUCAAUACCCAAGAAAGUGUUUCGAAGAUUCAAAGCACCUUUAUGAGCGAUCUACAGCAAAUCUCUCUCUGUUUGAAGCAAGCUACCAGCAGGAGCUUGGUACUUAUCGAUGAGUUCGGUAAAGGGACAAAUGAAAGCGAUGGCAUCGGUCUGGCAUGUGGAGUAUUUGAGCACUUGCUGGGUAUCGAUGAUCCUCCCAAAGUUCUUGCUGCCACCCAUUAUCAUGAAAUCUUCGAGAAUGACUUCCUUGCUUUGCGGCCAAAUCUACAAUUAGGACACAUGGAAGUCAAGGUCUGUGAAGAGUCACAAGAGGCGGAGGAUCAAGUGACAUACUUGUACAAGUUCGUUUAUCUUGUUAACGUGCGGUGCAACGAUUUCCUGAAACUUUUUACAGCUUUCGCGAGGGACGAAGCAACAGAAGUUUCGGGACCAUGUGUUUGUGCAGCAAUCAAUGGUAUCGACGCAUCCAUUGUUUCCCGCGCCAAUGAGAUCGGCUUACUUGCUGCCCGAGGCGAGAACCUCAUCGCCGCAUGUGCCACCAUAUCCGCAGUAGAGAUACAAGCACUUGAAACUGCGGACUCUCUCGCAAGGAAAUUUCUCGCGAUAGAUCUCACGAAUGAAAGUGGGCCGCAACGGGACGCGAAGGCAAUCCUCGAAGACCUAUUUCGCACCACAGGCCAAAAUGACACAUGGCUGUCAGCCUAA